AGCAGAACAGUUUGGGAAAAACUGAAAAAUCUGGCAGCGCAGGGCUGGUAGAGCAGAUGGAGGGAAGGGUGAGGCAUGGUCGGAUUGAAAAUUAGUUUCUGCAUUGGGCUAGAAGAGAGCAUACAACCUCUGGCUGGACCAGGGGCUUCCCUGGACUCAGCUCUGAUAGACUAGGACGAGCUCUGCACUGCUGGACACGACAAGGCUGGACUGGGAGACUGCAGCAGAGGAGAAUGGGUUGCUCGGCCAGCGUGGUCCUGCUUCUACGCUCUGUGGGUGGAGCCGACUGUGGUCACAUGUGUUCACGACAGGACCAGAUGUCCGUGGAAGCUGCAACACCUACAUUAGAGGGUUACACCACUACCAACUCACCUGUGACCAUCAUUAUAAUGCAAGAAAAGCCGAAGGUGAUCGAUCCCCUUGACUAUGAAGCUGUCAUCUCUGAGCUGGGGGCUGACCUGAAGGAGGACCCUUCUAGAGACUUGUUACUGUUCCCCGACAAUGAUUUCUCGGUUUCCACGGUGCCUCAGGAGAGACGGACUCUCAUCUCAACUGUUCCUGAAGGGGCAGAACUGCAGUCUGAGUGUCUGCUGGUCAGACAGGCCUGCAAAUAUUACAACUCCGACUUAAAUGUGGUGCAGUUCAAGUAUGAUGAUUAUGCUGGAGACUACCGCCUGCUGCCAAGAAAACUCUACAAAGCAGAGAAACUGCCAUCCCAUUCUUUUGAGAUUGACUAUGAAGAUGUGGAUAAAGAUGAGGACACCACCUCUCUGUCCUCAUCCAAAGGCGGCGGGGGCGGGGGUGGGGGAGGAGGAGGGAGUGGAGGGGGAGGAAUUGGUGUGUUUCGGUCUGGCUGGCUGUACAAGGGGAACUUCAACAGCACCGUCAACAACAGCAUCACUGUCCGGUCUUUCAAGAGGAGGUAUUUCCAGCUCACCCAGCUGACGGACAAUUCUUACAUUAUGAACUUCUACAAAGAUGAAAAGAUCUCCAAGGAACCCAAAGGUUGCAUCUUCCUCGACUCGUGCACAGGUGUAGUACAGAAUAACCGCCUGAGAAAACAUGCUUUUGAGCUGAAGAUGAACGAGGUUACGUACUUCGUGCUGGCCGCGGAGAGCGAACAGGACAUGGAGGACUGGAUUAGCACGUUGACCCGCAUCUUGCAGAUCAGUCCCCAUGACGGGCCUGCUCCAGACCGCAAGAGUCUGGACCUCAACGAACAUCGACAGGAUGUGUUUGACCUGUCGCUGAGUGACUCCUGUUUGCAAGAAAAUGAAGAUACUACAGAGAAUGGCAUCAAUCCAGAGCUGGCAAAGUACAUCUCUGAGACAGACGAGGGAAUUCGCUCUGCCAGAAGAGAAGAGCGGUUGAACCUGUUUUCCCUUGAUCCUGACACUCCUGUUCUGAGGAGCCCACGGUCUGAUCAUUCAUCAGCUGACAGCACAUCGGUCCGUCCUUUUGAUGAGAAGCUGGGUAGAAGAUUCAUGGUAACCUGCAGAUCCCUCAACCUCAUGCUACAAGGUUGCAUCAGCGAAAGUGAAACUGGACCUGUCACUAAUAUUGAACCUUUCUUCGUGUCGCUGGCUCUCCUGGAUGUAAGAGAAGGGAGAAAGGUUUCUGCAGACUUUAACGUAGACCUUAACCACGAAGCGGUACGUCAGAUGCUCGGAGGCUGCACCAACGGGACAGGGGGUCCAGCUCCGGGGGUGGGAGGUCAGGAGAAUGGCCUGUGCUCACCUGCUGAGAAAAAGCCGGGUGACUGUCACCUCAGCCAUGACCUGGAGCACUGGCUUUGCUUUCCCAAGCAGGCCAUUUUCUCAGUGACCAACCCUCAUACUGACAUAGUGAUGGUGGCAAGAGUGGAAAAGGUGCUGAUGGGAAAUAUUGCUUGUGGCACUGAACCUUAUAUCAAGAAUACGGACUCCAGCAAGACCGUUCAGAAGAUCUUAAAAUCCAACAAGCAGUUUUGCAGCAAACUGGGAAAGUACCGAAUGCCAUUUGCGUGGUCUGUUAGGUCAGUCUUUAAGGACACCCAUGGGGCACUCGAUCGAGAGUCUCGUUUCUCACCUCUUUUCAAACAGGAGAGCAACAAGAUUUCCACAGAUGACCUGAUAAAGUUGGUGUCUGAGUUUAGGAGGGCUGAAAAGACCAGCAAGUUGCAGACUGUUCCUGGGACAAUCGACAUCGCUGUGGACUACAUCCCAAUGGAGCACCCAAACUGCGUGACAUCCUCGUACGUACCGGUGAAACCUUUCGAAGAGCUGAGCAAGCACCAGCCUACAGUGGAGGUGGAGGAGUUCGUUCAGGACACCACCAAGUUUACGCAGCCACACCGUGUCUACAAAAACCAGAUCUACGUCUACCCCAAACACCUAAAGUACGACAGUCAGAAGAGCUUUGCAAAGGCUCGUAACAUCGCAGUCUAUGUGGAGUUUCGCAGCACAGAUGAAGAAGUUGCCAAACCUUUAAAGUGCAUCUAUGGUAAACCAGGGGGGCCAGUCUUCACCACAGCAGCCUGUUCUACCGUUCUACAUCACUCUCAGAACCCCGACUUCUAUGAUGAGGUCAAGCUUGAACUGCCCACCCAGCUUCAUGAAAAGCACCAUCUACUUUUCUCCUUUUACCACGUCACCUGCGACAUCAAUGCGAAGACGAGUUCUAAAAGGAAAGAGACGCUCGAGACCCCAGUUGGAUAUUCUUGGCUGCCCCUCCUCAAAGAAGGUCGUGUGUCAUCUCAAGAGUUCAACAUCCCUGUCUCCUGCAACCUUCCGCCUGGAUACCUGGCCAUCAAGGAAGCUUGCAACACCAAGCAGAAUGGAGCAGAUGUAAAAUGGGUCGACGGAGGAAAAGCUAUCUUCAAAGUGUCCACCAACGUCAUCUCAACAGUGUAUACUCAGGACCCCCACCUGAACCGAUUCUUCCAGCAGUGCCAGAAGAGAGAGCUGGAUCUCUCUCAGCCUCCUACCUCCAACUUCCUCAACUGCCUGAAGGGUCUACUCAGCAUGGAGAGGAUCUCAGUCAUAGUCCGGUUUCUGCCAGUGCUCUUCAACCAGCUGUUCAAGGUUCUGACUCAGAAUGACAACGAUGAGGUCACUGCUGCCACCAUCAGAGUGCUGGUCCACAUUGUUAGCAAGUGCCAUGAAGAAAACCUGGAUCAUUACCUGCACUCCUACAUAAAGUAUGUGUUCAAGUCUGAGGCUCAUGGCUUCAGGACAGUUCAUGAAGAGCUCGCAAAGGGGAUGACCUUCGAUCUGAAGAGUAACGAGCAGGCAGCAGUCAGGAAUGUCCUAAAGUUCUCCUGGUUCUUCUUGGAGCUCAUAGUCAAGUCCAUGGCUCAGCAUUUAGUUGACUCUGAGAAGGAAAAGCUUCCAAGGCCCCAGCGUUUCCCUUCGUCCUACCUGAGCCGUGUAGAAAACUUGGUGGAGACGGUGUCUGAGCACAUCUUUUGGAAGUACAAGGACCUGGCAGAAGAAACACGCAGUGCCAAUUUUGCCGUGGCAGCUUUUGUCAAGCGCUGCUUUACUCUGAUGGACAGAGGCUUCAUAUUCAAACUGAUAAGCCACUACAUUAACAUGAUCACUGCUACUGACAGCAAGGUCCUUUGCGAAAUGAAAUUUGAGUUCCUCAGAGAGGUUUGUAACCACGAGCACUAUAUCCCUCUCAGCCUGCCCUUACCAUCUGCUCGCAUCACAGACCAUGCAUCCCCAGAGCCACAAAGCACUCAUGUGUCAGUGCCUGAGUACAAUCUGACCGGAGAGUUCUGCAGAAAGCACUUCCUGACCGGCCUGUUGCUACGGGAACUGGGGCUGGCUCUCCAAGACGAGCAGGACCUGAGACAUUUAGCGCUGGCCACCCUGAAGACCCUCAUGGCCAAACACUCUCUGGAUGCACGUUAUGCCACCAAGGAGAAGCAGGCAAGAAUAGCGUCUCUCUACCUGCCUCUUUACGGCCUGAUUCUGGACAACAUGCCUCGAUUCUUCCUCAGGGACCUCUUCCCCAUCUACUUUAAUUCUAGCAACCAAGGAUCUCGAGAUGACGUCAGCAUGGGAGGGGGAGUGCUGGGAGGGGUGAUUCCCGUCACUCGCCAUGGCAACUCUGUAGAUGCCUCAUUUUCCAAAGAAGUGCUCAACUCUAUUACAGCCUUCUCAUCCUUGGCGGUUGCUACGGGUAACCAGGCUGACUCUCGUGGUUCUCUGAUCAGUGUAGACUCCAACCCUAGCAACAGUGACAGGAACAGUGAGAAGAUGGAUGGAUGUGAGAAGUUUGCCCGGCCCCAGUCCCUGAUCGGCUAUGGUUCCCGCUGUGACAAACUGGACCAGGCAGAGACCCGAAGUCUCCUCAUGUGUUUUCUGCACAUCAUGAAAACCUUAUCUGAAGAUGUUCUGGUGUCCUACUGGCACCGGGCCAUUCACCAGGAGAUCUCAGACUUCUUUAACAUCCUAGAGCUAUGUCUUCAACACUUCAGGUUCCUGGGGAAACGGCACAUAGCCAGGAAACUAGCAGCGGCAGUAAAGCUGGCUCAGUCAACCCAGGCCAAUGGCACCCUGAAGGGCUCUAACCACCCCUCCCAGUCCUCUCAACCCUCAAGCAUCUUCCCACAAUGGAUGGCAUCUGGAGGUGAGGGCCACCGGCACGCUCGGGCCCAAACCAUGCCCAUCAUCAGGGGAAAGAACGCCCUCACCAACCCAAAGCUGCUCCAGAUGAUGGAUACUGAUGGCAGCAUUCAGGAAGGGGAUACGCUGAGUCCCACAGAUAUUGAGGCCAACUUGUCCACUGAAGUGGCACUCACUGUGCUGGAUGUACUGGAACUCUUUGUUCACCAUCACAAGAAGCAGCUGCUGCAGGAUGAAGGACAGAACACGCUGAUAAAGAAGGUGCUGGACACCUACUUACUCUUCUUUCAGAUCAACCAGUCAACUGCUACUCUACGACACAUCUUUGCUGCACUCAGGCUCUUUGUACAGAAGUUUCCUAGCGCGUUCUUCCAGGGUAAGGCAGACCUGUGUGGCUGUCUCUGCUACGAGAUCCUCAAGUGCUGUAACCAUCGAUCCAGCUCCACACAGACGGAGGCAGCUGCGCUGCUGUAUUUUUUCAUGAGACAGAACUUUGAGUUUACAAAAGGAAAAUCAAUAGUCCGCUCACAUCUGCAGGUUAUCAAAGCCGUGAGCCAGUUGAUCGCAGAUGCUGGAAUUGGGGGCUCAAGGUUUCAGCAGUCCCUGGCCAUCAUCAAUAAUUUUGCCAAUGGAGAUGCACCACUCAAGAACACUCCAUUCCCUGCUGAGGUUAAAGACCUGACCAAACGCAUCAGAACAGUCCUGAUGGCCACAGCCCAAAUGAAAGAGCAUGAGAAAGACCCCGAGAUGCUGGUGGAUCUGCAGUACAGUCUGGCCAACUCCUACGCUAGCACGCCUGAGCUGCGACGCACCUGGCUGGAGAGCAUGGCCAAGGUUCACGUCCGCAACGGCGAUUUGUCAGAGGCCGCCAUGUGCUACAUCCACAUCUCGGCCUUGAUUGCUGAAUCGCUGAAGAGGAGAGGCUACUGGAGCGCCGACAAGGCCCGGAUGUCCACUGUGUCCCCUGAUGAAAGCCCUGUGUUUAAAUGUAGCUCCUUACUAACUACCUCCCGAGAUCAAGACACAUCUUUCUGCAUGGGCUGGGCAGCAUUCAUGUGCAUCAGCCCGAAUGUUAAGGAAGAAGGAGCCAUGAAGGAAGAUACUGGCACACAAGACACACCAUACACUGAGGACACCCUGGUGGAGCAGCUGGAGCUGUGUGUGGAUUACCUGUGGAAAUCGGAGAGAUAUGAGCUCAUUGCUGACAUCAACAAACCUGUGAUUGCUGUCUUUGAGAAGAGAAGAGACUUUAAGAGGCUGUCAGAGUUGUACUACGAUAUCCAUCGCUCCUAUCUGAAGGUGACGGAGGUGGUGAACUCAGAAAAGCGGCUCUUUGGUCGCUACUACCGUGUAGCUUUCUACGGGCAGGGCUUCUUUGAGGAGGAAGAGAGCAAAGAGUUCAUCUACAAAGAGCCGAAGCUGACAGGUCUGUCGGAAAUCUCCCAGAGACUGCUCAAACUCUACUCAGACAAGUUUGGAGCUGACAACGUCAAGAUGAUCCAGGACUCCAACAAGGUGAAUCCUAAGGACUUGGACUCCAAGUUUGCCUACAUUCAGGUGACUUACGUGGUACCCUACUUUGAUGAGAAAGAACAACACGACAAAAGGACAGACUUUGAGAGACACCACAACAUCAACCGCUUCGUGUUUGAGACGCCUUUCACUCUGUCGGGAAAGAAACACGGAGACGUUGAGGAGCAGUGUAAGAGGCGCACCAUACUGACCACAAGUUCCAGCUUCCCUUACCUAAAAAAGCGAAUCCAGGUGGUGGAGCAGCAGAGCACGGAAAUGAAUCCGAUUGAGGUAGCCAUCGACGAGAUGUCUCGUAAAGUCUCCGAGCUUAACCAGCUCUGCAACAUGGAGGAGGUGGACAUGAUCCGGCUGCAGCUGAAGCUGCAGGGCAGUGUCAGCGUCAAGGUGAAUGCAGGGCCUAUGGCUUAUGCAAGGGCAUUUCUGGAGGAGAAGAAUGCAAAGAAAUACCCAGAUAACCAGGUCAAACUUCUGAAAGAGAUCUUCAGGCAGUUUGCGGAAGCCUGCGGUCAAGCUUUGGAUGUGAAUGAGCGUCUCAUCAAGGAGGACCAGCUGGAGUACCAGGAGGAAAUGAGAGCUCACUAUCGGGACAUGCUCACCGAGCUGUCGGGCAUCAUGAACGAACAGCUUGAAAAAUGUGUUCUUGCCUUCAGUACCUCCUCUCUGUCUAGCAGCUCUCUGUCCAAUCUUUCUAACACUGAUUCCUUAUACAAGACAACCAGGAACGGAACGGCAAAGCACCUACUGAACUGCCAAUAGAAUGAUGGAUUGAUGAGAAACUGUCGAAUUGAGCCUCAAAAUGGCGGCUGAUUGUAGACUUUUUUUCCCCCUAUUUUUUUUUUUUUUCCCCCCGGCUGCAGGGAGCAGCAAGUUUGUGGACUGUGAUGCUGCGUGUAAAGAAAAGAAGGGAAGAAGUGUGUAGACCGUGGUUGUGGUAGUCGGUAGUCCUGUUGUUGAAUGUUGACUGUCUACAAUAGAGGCCAGGCUGCUGGACUGUUAGUUACCGUUUGUUUUGGUUUUUAGAGACUCGGUCUGUGUGUGCUAUAAAUUCCCCAGCCCUGCCAGCUGAUUCAUCAAAACAACCUGACAGACACGCACACAAAUACAUGCAUCACAUAUGUUCAUCCACACAAGCACACGACAUGCGCCUUUCUCUCCACAACCACAACCCUUAAGAGAACAGUGACCUUACUGAGCUCGAGGUGCGUUCAGCUGUACAUGUAAUAUGCAACUUUCUGGUGCAUUUUGAUGACACUUUUUACAUUUUUUUCCGUGGAAUAUUAAUGUACUUCAAACUAUCUAAAGAUGCCUCACAGGACGACUAAUGUGAAAAAGAAAAUGGAUUUGAACACAGGUCUUAAGAACCCGAGGAGUUGAACGCACCUCCGGUUCUUGUUUGAAUGUAGAACAGCUCCACAUGGCUACUCUGGAUCCUUGCUAACAUUCUGGAAAUAUUACCGUGUCAAUUUUCAAACGGAAACAAAAAAGAAAGACGUUUUGUAACAUUUUUAUAAUUGAAAUUGCAUUGAUACUGUUAUUGUUUCCUGUACUGUUUUCAAUUGUAAAUAAGAAAUAUUAAUAUUUAAAAAUGUUUGAAUUUUUUUUUUGUUUUUUUAUAUAUAUAUAAAAUAUACAAUAUAUAAAUAUUUGUUUAGCUGAAUUACAA